ACCGCCACCGAGGAGAACCGCUUCGCAACGGAGCCAAGACAGCUGGUGUUUGGGAGGCCAGCUCAGGCUGCGCUGGGCAUCGAGCACUACAUGCGCGUGUCAAGAGACGCGGUCCUUACGGGGCUGCUCGAGGGCACCGCCGCCAUCGUGCGGGAGGUGACCGCUGGUGGCACCGACGCCGACCGCGAGUGUCUGGACUACAUCCUGCACGCUGAGGCAGGCUCGAGCGAUCUCAUGUACCAGGGCGGGCUAAAGCGCGACUGCGACGAGCGUGGCAGGGUGCUGGCUUGCCGCACCGUCGCCGACGGCAGCGGCGUGGUGUGCGGGAUGCGGUUGGCCGACUUCGUAGCCCACCCGAGCGCUCAGCACGCCGACCUGACCGAGGCGCACGUGGUUGCUCUUCGCCUCUACACGACGCAGGCCUUCCGCUCGAUCAACACCCCGCUGCGCGACAAGGAGCGCCACGAGCGGGGCGAGGCCCACCCACUGCCGGUGACAGUCGCGCUGAUCCGCGACGCGCUCGGCAAGCUGCGGGCGGUCGAGGCGGACCACUCGCGAGAGUCGCCGCUUCGCCGCGUCGAGCUGUACCGCGGCAUGAAGGACGUCACGGCGCCGGCCAGCUUCAUGGAGCAGGGCGGCACCGAGCUCGCUCCGAUGAGCACAACGUCGGAUCUCUCCGUCGCGAUGCGCUACUCGGCGAGCGUCAAGGCGGUGCUGCUGCGGCUCAUCACCGAGAGUUUCUACGAGCGCGGGCCGGACAUCUCGUUUCUCUCCGCCUUCCCCGGAGAGGCGGAGUUCCUCUUCCCGCCGCUGACCUUCCUGCAGCCGACCGGCGACGUCGAGACGGUGACGGUCGAGGGGCUCGCGUAUGAGGUGGUGGAUGUGCGGCCGCGGAUUUGAGCUCCAAAGUGCCUGGAGCCCAUUGUACAGUGAGAGAGAGAGCGCGCGUAGGGCCCUUAGGGGCCUAGAGAACACAACCCCCUCUCCCUUCUCUCCCAGUACGGUAAGCUAAAAGUACGUACGUACAGUGAUC